AUGAAGCUCUCAAGUUUGGUGAUGCUCAGCGCCUCAGAAGCAGCUUGGAAACACAAGUUCGAAAAGCUCAAAAAGUUGGAAGAAACUGAGCUUUCUGCGUCAGAAUCGCUCUUCAGAAGUGCUCGAGCGGGUAAUCCCUGCUCGGAUGAUUUGAGAGAACAAACAGGCAACCAUCCAAUUGAGAACGGCUACUGGAACUGUCCGCUUCUCGACCAAGAUGAGCCUACAAUCAGGUGCUACCCGAAAUGCUAUGAUCCAAACGCAGAAGGAAAUUGGAAAAAGGCCUCUAUCCAGGGUCAAUGUAGAAACCCAACUAGAAUAAAAAAGAAAAACGUUACUGAUAACAUGAAAUGCGCCGUCCCAGUCGACAAGUGCGAUGAAAAGCUUGCAACGCUUUCAAUCACCAAGGGUCACCUAGCUUUCAAUUCACAAGACAGCAAAAAGAAGAAGUACAAUUUGUGGUGCGAAGGAUCUGGAACCAGCGCAGGGCUUGUUCUCUGCAACAGGAAAAAUGGAAGCUUCAGCUCCAAGCAGCUGGGCAAGAACUGGCAGGAGACAUGCAACCAGUUCCAGUGCAACGAAUGGGAUGCCAUGACCAAUUACCCGAUCGGAGACGGAAAAUGGAACUGUCAGAAAAGAGGCACCAUAAUCAAAGGAUGCAAAGCUGUUUGUAACGACAAAAGCAAAAGAGUUCGAUUCCAGAUUGCGUGCGACAAGAAUGGCUGGAGAUACAAGAAGAAUGCACAUCUAGCGCAUGAAACUUGCUCUCCAGAACCCCCUACAGAGCCACCAACUGAACCACCAACUGAACCACCAACCGAGCCACCGACAGAGCCACCAACCGAGCCACCAACUGAACCACCAACUGAACCACCGACUGAGCCGCCGACGGACCCACCAACUGAGCCACCGACGGAGCCACCAACUGAGCCACCGACCGAACCACCAACUGAGCCACCAACUGAGCCGCCAACUGAGCCUCCGACUGAACCCCCAACUGAUCACUGUUCCGGACCCGAAGGUGUUGAAGCAUCCAGUCCUUCCAGCGUCAACAUCCAAUCCGACUCCUGGCUCGAUUACGAGUCUGCUCUCAAGAAGAGCAUCCUCUUUUACGAAGCUCAAAUGUCCGGAGAGAAACCGUCCUGGUCACGAAUCCCUUGGCGCGGGGACUCAGCCCUCCACGAUGGUUGCGAAGUCGGAGUUGAUCUAACUGGCGGUUUCUACGACGCUGGAGAUCACGUCAAAUUCAAUUUUCCAGCCGCUUUCGCUCUCAACACUUUAGCUUGGGGCAUGGUUCAAUACGAGGAUAAUUAUAAAGCUGCUGGGGAGUUCAAUAACUCGAAGAGGAUUAUUGACUGGGGUGUCGAUUUCUUCAAGCGUUGUCAUACCGGACCUAACGAGCUUUGGGCUCAAGUUGGCGAUGGCAAUGCAGAUCAUUCCGUUUGGAUUCGCCCGGAGCAGAUGUCAAUGGACCGACCAGCCGUAAAAAUCGAUGCGAGUAAGCCUGGUUCCGAUCUCGCUGGACAAACUGCAGCCUUUUUCGCCUCCGCUUCACUGCUCUACAAAGACUCCAAUCCAGCCGAAGCGACCGAUCUACUCAGAAGAGCUCGAGAGCUGCUCGAUUUUGCCGACAACCAUCGGGCUAAAUACUCCGACAGUCUCGACCUUGGCAAUUUCUACACAUCCUGGUCUGGCUAUAAAGACGAACUGGUUCUCGCUGGUGCUUGGAUCGCAAAGGCAUCGAGAGAAGUUGAGCCAAUCAAGUUUACAAGUGACGUCGCUAGAGCAAAAAGUUUGGCGAGCGCUAAUGAUCUCGGCUGGGGAGGAGAGUAUUCUUGGGACAACAAGACUCCAGCAGCGAAUCUUCUCAUGUAUGAAAUUCUCAAUGCCGCUGGCGACUCUCAGAAAAGUGCUUACCAGUCGAAGAUCGCUGGAUUUGUCAACAAUCUCAAAGCAAAAUCGAAGUCCCCAGGAGGAAUGGUCUUCAUUCAAGAGUGGGGAAGCGCUCGACAUGCAGCUAAUGCCGCCUUUAUUGCAAAAUUAGCGACGGACGCUGGAGUUGCUGAUGGAGAGAGCUUUGCAAAGGGACAACUUGACUAUCUUCUCGGCGAUGGGCCAAGCGGACAUCCACUUAUUAACGGCCAGCAGGCUUCUUAUAUGGUCGGCCAUGGAGACAAGUUCGCCAAUCAGCCUCACCAUCGAGCCAGUUCUUGCCGACCUGCUAGCGAGGGAGCCUGCGACUGGUCGGAUAAAAAUGUUAGCGGUGCUAACAGAUUCCGUCUGAAUGGCGCCUUGAUCGGUGGUCCACGAACUGCAACGGACAACUUCGUAAACGACCGAAGCGACUACGUCACAAACGAGGUCGCGCUGGAUUACAACUGCGGAUUUCAAGGACUUAUCGCCGCUUACAUCGGAAGUCCAUCCACGACAGCACCACCAACCGCUCCUCCAGCGACGACAACAACAACAAAAGGAGGAAACGGCGGAACUGGUGGAACUUGCGAUGUGCUGGCCAAUACUGGAGAUUUCACUCAAUACGAUAAGACGACGUCUUUCACUGGAAAUUGCGAAUUCGCAUUUGACUCAAGUUCAAAUCUUGGAAUCACAAACUUUGUUGCUUUGCCCAAAUCUCAUGAAUACAACGACGGUCUCGCUUGUGGACGGUGCGUCAAGCUCAAAUGCUCGUGUGAGCAAUCGACUUUCCCUGGAGUAUGCUCAACUGGACAGGAUACAAUCGCUAUGGUCGCCGAUUCGUGCCCAGAGUGCCACUCUGGUGAUGUCGACUCUAACCUCGCCGUCUGGAACUCUGUCACUGGCAACGAGUCGCCUAGCCGAUUCGACGGCUCCUGGGAAUUCGUCGAAUGUCCUCCCGCCUUCCGGCCGAAUUCGAAGACCCAGCUUCGAUGGAAAACCGGAAGCAGCCAGUGGUGGCUCGGGCUUCAACCAACUAACUCCCGUUUCGGAAUUACUUCGAUAACCGCGACUAGCGCUAACGGCAGUUCUUUCGACCUUCCUCUUGGAAAGGGCAGUGUUGGCUUUUCCUUUUGGUUCUUAGCUGCCGAUCCAUUUUUCGCAACGAACACAUAUCCGAUGACGAUUACUGCGACAAAUACAGAAGGUGACUCGGCUUCAGGAACAAUUUCCUCGGCCAGUGAGAUUGUCGCAAAUACCUAUCUCAAUCUCGAUGCCCUUUUGUAA